GAGGCAGAAGCGCCUCCUCCCCGCCCCGCGCCGAGGCGGCGGCGGCGCCGGGGGAGGACGGCGCCUCACCUUGCCCCCCGAUGAGGGGCGGAUCAUGCCAUGGCAGCGCCGGCGAGCGACAGCGGCAGCGGCGGGGGCGGCGGCGAGAGGAGCCCCGGCAGCAGCCCCGGGAGCGCCAGGGCCAGCGGGGCGGCGGCGACCCGGGCCGACGGGGCCGGGGGCGGCGGCGGCGGCCGGAGCGCCGCGGUGGCCGUGGCCGUGCUCCCGCCGCUGGACGACUACGAGUGUAAAAUCUGCUACAACUACUUCGACGGCGACCGGCGCGCGCCCAAGCUGCUGGCGUGCCUGCACACCUUCUGCCAGGAGUGCCUGAGUCAGCUGCAGCUCCGCGCCGCCGCCAACGCCGCGGCCAACGCCACCAACGCCACCAACGCCGCCAACGCCCCGGAGCGCGCGCUGCGCCCCGCGCCCUGGCACGGGCCGCCCGGAGCGAUCGCGUGCCCCGUGUGCCGCCACCGCACGCCGCUGCCCGACAGUCGCGUGCAGGGGCUGCCCAACAACACCAAGCUCGCCGAGGCCUUCCCGCUCGCCCUGCGCGCCGCGCACGACCCGUUGCCCCAGGACCGUCUCCCGCCGCUGCCCUCGCGCCGCUCCGCGCCCGCCCCCGCGCCCAGCGCCGCCGUCGGCGUCCCGCCGUCCGCCGCCGCCGCCACCGCCGCUGCCCCGCAGCCCGCUGUCGACGGCGCCCCCCGCGGACCCCGCGCCCGGCCGGGCUGGCGCGCCCCGGGCAACUACGAGAGCUGCCAGAACUGCAAGCGCGCCGCGCUCACCGCGGGCUGCGUGUGCGUGGUCUUCUCCUUCCUGUCCAUGGUGGUGCUGCUCUUCACCGGCCUCAUCUUCGUCAACCACUACGGCGGUGGGGGCGGCAGUGGUGCCGGGGCUGGCGGUGGGGGAUCUCCCGGAGGCGGGGCGACCCCCGGCGGCGCAUCGGCGGCGCCUUCGCCGGUCGGGCCCAUCUGCUUGUCGGUGGCUAGCAUCCUGGCGCUCUUCUCCGUCGUGGUCACUUGGGUCAUCUGCUGGCUCAAGUACCGGCCCGAGGGCGCGGCCGCGGGCUCGGCGGGAGGAGGCGCGGGCGGUGGCCCGAGGGCGCGGGCGGCGGCGGGCGGCGCGCGGAGAAACGACACGUAGCCGGACC